AUAUAAAAAUAUGUAAUAAAGUAUCAAAGUCUGAUGAUGCCUGCUGUGUUAGUUUGCACCGAAAAAUUAUGUGGACAAAAAGCUCAUUUAGCCAGCAAACAUUGUCAUUCCAUUUGAAGGCGCGCAUGUGACCGGAAGUAAGCAUUUUAAUGAGCAGCAAACCUCAGCUCAUAGUGUUUAACAGUGAAGUGAAUACACCUUGUGCUUAUAAAUGCCGCCUCUAAAGAGAAAAUUGCAGAGCAAUGCCUGAAUGCCGCGUGCUGGCACAACAUACCCUUUGACAUUAAUUGCCGCCAAUUUUCGUGCACCUAUGUACAUAUGGUGGAUCUGCGUGCUGCAAACAAAUCGAAUGAAUUCACAUUGGAAGUGAGAAAGCAAGAGACUCGAUCCACUCAUUUCCAUUCAUGUUCAUUUGAAUUUUUCCAAUAUUUGCGCUCAGUUGCCGUUGAAUCAAGAGAUGAAAAUUUUGAAAAUCUUAGAGGCUGUGAAUAUUCUUUUGGCAGUUGACGUGGCUAAGAUGCCUUCGUCGGCACAAACGAACGAAUAGUGUUUAUUUUGGUGUCGGAAUGAAUGCGUGUCGGUUGUGAGAUCCGGUGCAGGCAUAUUUCGAAUUAAAAAGUCUUGCUUCUAAUGGUGGGCUGACUUUAUUGUAAAUAAUUUGAAACUUAGCAAACUAAGCUGGUCAACGAAUUGUGAAGAAAACAAUCAAAAGACUUUCAUUUCCCAUCAUUAAAGCUCUUUCAAACAUGGAUCCACAACGUUAUCGGCUAGACGGUGCAUGAAGAUCGAUAAUAAAAAAUACAAAAUUACGUCCGAUUUAGUUUAUUAAAGUUUCGAACACGCUGUUUUACCACUGCCCAGCGUUUCUUUGUAUAAGUGUUUAUGUAUUUAGUUGUGUUCCAGUUUGCCUCAAAUAUAUCAAUUCGGGUGCAUAAAAUAUAUAUGUGUGUGCUUAUUGCCACUUUUUGCCCUAAUCGAAUCAUACGUGCUCGAGUGAUCAAUACUUUACUUUGAAAAAAGUUAAACAAAUAUUCCAUACUUUCUGAAAAUAUCGAAAUAAAAACAUAUUUAACUCGAAUUUCCACGACUUCACAAGUGCAACGCGCAAAAAAGUGUUUACAAGUGAACAACUCGCGGCAGUCGGUUGCAAUGUCGGUAGUCCCUCGUUGAGGUUGGUGGAAGCGUAAAUGUGUUCUUCAAAAGCUAAACAAAAUGCAUACAGAUCAAUGUGCAAGCAAAUACGAUAAAACAAAGUUCAAAAUGCAUCGCAUUGUUGUGCAUAAGUGUGGAUAAUGGAACAUGCCGGUUUUAUGGAACUUUUCAGCUGUAUCUCGAAUAAGAAAUAGACGAGCCACUAUAACCCAAUCCAACCCGAGAAAUUUAAAAUAAGAGAAGUGUGGUGCGAACUGUUUAUUUAUCUUGUGCUACUCCGUACCGCGUCUGCAGUGAUCCACACACAUAUUUAUGUAUAUACAUGCACGUGUAUGUAUGAGUAAAAGGCAUGUCAAGCUAUACGCCUAAAAUAUUUAAAAAUCAACAAAAUUUGUUUACAUAUAGUUAUCAUGUGUGGAUUUUUAAAAAUACGGUGCAAGUAUAUAAAAAUUUUACAAGCGUGAAAUUCACACAAACGAAUUUCAUGAAAUCGCGAGAGCACAUGUUAUCCGAAAACUUUUGCGGUUUUUGUUGUCAUUAUUUUCUUCACCUUUCUUCUUUUUUUCCCCUUUUUGCGGAAAGCACAAUUAGUCAUGAAUUAACAAGAAGACAGAUUUUUCAUUCACGGCGCUAUGAGUAUGUUCUGUUCUUGAAUUUAACUAAACAAUUCACUCGAAUUUGGUCGCGAUCUCGUAUUCGGAUCGUGAGUGCUUAUACAAACAGAUGUCUAUAUUGAUAGUUGCACACACGAGCGCCAGAUUUUCCAGUUGACUGAAUAGACCCCUCACGUAUGCAUCUGGGAAUGUAAAUAGAUAAUAUACGUAUACGUAUAUAGAACAAAUAGCCAAAUGAACAUGUUUGCUAGUAAAUAUAAUUUGUUAAAUAUUUAGGAGUGUAAGCAUGUAUGUACAAAUUUAGAUGAAUACUAAAAAAUAUAAAUACACGUACUUACUGUAUGCACAUACAAAAACUGAUGCAAUUAAAUAUCUAGAUACUCAUACUUUUGGAAUGUCAUACCAGAAAUGAAUCACUACUUGGGUCUCCUUGUGCCAAGAACUAUUUAUUUUCAAUAUUUUUUCUUCGUAAAAUUAGAUUUUUAUAAGUAUUUAUUUCAAUUUCAAUUUACUCAUAUUUUAUUCAAACUUUUGUUUACUAUAUUCCAAAGAUACAUAUUUUACACAGAUUUUUUGAUUUUUUCAAACAAAAUAUUAAAUAUCAAAAAACCAACACUAUGUCAUUUCGGACAGUGUCUGGAAAAUAAUUGUUUUCGCAUUGAUAGCAGAACUUCUUAUAUGAUAAUCAAAACUGAAAAGACAAAAAAGUAUUUUAAUUAAGACCGUAAACUUGGUAUUGGACGACAAAAAACGCAAAUUUUUGUAAAAAUGUCUCGACGUUUUUUUAAUAGUUGUGAUUGAACAAAAGAUCCUUCGUUCAAGAGUUUGUUAAUUAUAACUCGCGGCUUCUGGAAGACUUCAUUAAGUUCGAUUGAGUAUUUCUUGAGAAAUCUUGAAACCCGACUUUGAAAACACAGCUUCAAAAAAAUUCAUAUUAAGUUUUAAGUGACUGUAUGCAAUAGUUGAUCUCGAGUACGCAACUUUUAAAGGCUGUAGCUCAAACUACAUAUUACUCAGAUCAACUUGAGAAUUUGAAACAAUAGCAUCUACAUACCCACAUAACCCAUUAAAACUUAGUUAAUUUGUUGGUGUGGUAAUUUACUUUUCCUUCUUAUGCUAAAACUCAUAUUCGCUUGGCCUUUCCAUUGGAGUAGGGAUCAGCAAUUUUAAGUCUCUAAGAUCUGGCUAUGCACCCAUUAGUAAUUAAUUUUUAAAUAUCUUAAGUGGCGUCUUUUAGGAGUGAAAUGAUUUCAAAUCUGGAAUUUUUUUUGUCUUUUCUGUGUACAAUUGCAGAGAUAUCUUAGCCAGAAUGUAAUUGCCAUAACCUUUCAUUACAUUGCAAGAUAUUGUUCUUAUUUGCCACUAUGAAACAGUAUUGAAAAGUCGAAACAUCAACUUCGAUUGUACAUGAACAGUUGGGUUCUACCAGUUUAGUUUAAUAUUGUAGCACGACAGGGAGAGCAAAGCAGGGUAUUCCUUUUCAAUCUUCGAUCUUUUUCAAAAACGGCUUUGUUAUGUGAAGCGCUCUGUUUUCUUGAGUAUUUUCGAAAAUUUUUCCAUUUGAUUAUGCCAUCAAUUGACAGGUAUACCAAUUUACGUCCAACUUAAUAGUUUACACAAAAAGUAUAGACACCAUUUGCCACGGUUGUUGGUUCAUCUUAACAGGACAUAGUCCCACGCCUUAAUUAUACAUAAUUUGAGUCGCAGUAUCUUUCCUCAAUAAACUAUUAAUUUUCAUCUUGUUUGACAUUCGAGCAUUAUCCAUUCACUAUUUGUAUUUGGAGAUUUGGAGACACCUUAAAGUGGGACGGGUAGUGGUCAAAAUUGUGAGAUAUCAAUAUCACAUUCAAAUAAGUACAAAAACCUUACCUCAAUUUCGAAGUGAUCUUGACCCAAUUUUCGAGUAGCUUUCCUAUUAUCAAUUCUACUUAAAACCGUAUAGCGUAUCCGCGGAUGAAAAAAGUCUUUCCACAAUAGUUUAGUGAUCGUUGAUUACGCAAGCGUUAAAAUAAACAUCUUUUAAUAACUUAAGAGUGACGUCGAUUGCGUAAGUUUCAUACGCAUACAUAUGUACAUACAUUUAAAAUUCAAACUUAGAAACAACUAUUACUCCCGGUCGGUCUUACUCAAUUUAUAGUCCCCGUGUUUUUUUUUUAUUAUUAAAAAAAAUUGGAAUGAUGAUACCGUACAAUACUACAGAUUAUUUAGUAAACAAAAGCAAAAGUUUUAUAUUGUUUGCUGACGAGUUAGUAAUUAAAAGAGGCACACAGUGAAUGGAAACUAAUUUAUUUGUUUUAUUGUAAGAAAAUUACUAUACUAUAUACCUGAUAUUCAGUUUUCCCUCCUCAGUCAAUUAGACGAAAGUUUAAAUGUAAGCAGAGGCACGUAUAAAACUAAACAAUUAUAUGGUAACCCUGCUUAUAAAAUUGUAAUGAUGGUAUUAAUGCACACAAUCAUUUCUGGCAGCAUUAUUUAAAAGUCGACAUGAAUUUAUAAUACCUGAUUUAUAUUGGGCGGCGCGGUUGGUUUCCUUCAAAACAAACACCGAAACAAAAUUUAUCAGAAAUUGUAAAUAUUUAGAAUAACUGGCCAUUUGAAAAAUACAAGUGCUUUGCCUAGUUCAUGCCCCAUACAAGUAAAAUAAUAUUUACGAACCUGCAAUUGAAGUCGUAAAGCUGUGGUGUACUGUAGAGAAAGUUUAAGUUAUUUGGAAACACCGUCAGUAAUUUUGAUAAUAAAUAAAUAUAGUUUUCAAACAAUACUUAUUUUGUGGAUAAAUCUGGAGACAAAAACUAUUUGAUAUUCUUUAAGAAAGUUUGCAAUCAAGAAGUUUGUUUUAAGAUGUUAAAAAUCAAAUUUUUAGCAUUUUUUCUUGUAUUUAAAUUAUUAAUAAAACAGUAAGAAUUAUACUAUGCAAUUGACUUUCUAAAAAUUUCAUUAAAAAUGAGAAAAAACUAAAAUAAUUAAAUGAAAAUCUUAACUAUUUUAUAAUUCAAACUUUCUUUCGUUUAUUUCUGAAAAGUUUGAGGUUCUUCGAUAUAUUAAUGUAAUUUCUUCUUAACAAGAUGUGUUGACAUCUUAGCUUUAUCACUUAAUUAGACACGGCCAACAUUUUGACAGUCCAUUUACCAUAUUUAUUUCCAGAUGGAUCUUUUCUCGAACUAUCACUUAGGUUUUUAUUUUAUUUAGGAAAGCUUUAUACUGAGUAAAUACCUUACUCUUACUAUUCAUUUCAUUUCCAUGAAAGCUUAAACUUUCCAAGUCAACAUAUUACUUUUAUACAUCAGACUCUAAACAAAUCAAUUUAACGACUAUGUACAUAUAUAACUGUACUGUGAUUUCUCGAUUGAACAAACUGAAAUAAAUUGCUUAUAGACCAGGCUAUAAUAACAAAACCAAACUUACUUUAACUAAAAAUGAAAAUAAAUGUAUGUAUAAGUAUAUAUUCAUAUACAUAAGUGCUCCAUUUUCCAUCUCAGCAGUAGCGCGUCGGCAAAUUUAGAAUGCCGUAUAUCAUAAAAAAUUUUCAUGCCGAAACGAAAAGAUAUUGUGAACUACUAUAGCUGCCACAUACUAUUUACGUAUUUACAUAUUUAUAAAGAAAACACGAAGAAGUUUUAACAUUUAAAAUGCGAAAUUUUUUUAAUUAUACAAACAAUCACGAUUCAUUUAUACAAAAACAUAAAAAUUUCAAGUGCCCCAGUGCGUGUGUCUGCAAUUCCGAACUAAUUAAAACAAAAAUUUGUAUGACAAUAACAAGAUGCAGGAGAGGAUCUGCAAAAUAUAAUGAAAUUCUCGUGAUUACCACAUACGUCACAACCAAACUAUGGGACCGCCGGGAAAAAGAAAGAAUUUCUGUACAUCGAGACGAUAACCAUAAAUUGGGUUAUUGCAUCCGCCUACAAUCCCCUACGAAAAUUACGAAAAUAUAUAUAUAGAGAAAGAAAAUCUAUGUAUACUCAAAACGAGUAUUUGAAAAUUAAGUGAAAUCAGAAAUAUACAUUCGUAUCUACGACAAAACAAAAAAUAUUUAUUUAUUUCGCAUUGAGUUGCCGUUAGCGAAAAAUGUUAGAUAUAUUUCGUGGCUUGAAAAACCUUGUAAAGGUCAGUCACAUUAAAACCGAUUCGCCAGUAUUCCGCCUACACUACUCGAUAACUGUGAUGAUUUUGAUGUCUUUCUCAUUGAUUAUAACUACAAGACAAUACGUUGGCAAUCCCAUUGACUGUGUUCACACCAAAGAUAUUCCAGAAGACGUGCUCAAUACAUAUUGUUGGAUUCACUCGACAUAUACUUUGCGUGAUUAUUUCGGUAAAAAGCAGGGCAUAUCUGUACCAUACCCUGGUAUUGCCAAUUCGGAUGGUGACGUUCACACCAAGAAGUACUACAAAUACUAUCAAUGGGUGUGUUUUUGCCUAUUUUUUCAGGCGAUUUUAUUUUACACACCAAGAUGGCUGUGGAAAUCUUGGGAAGGUGGCAAAAUUCAUGCACUUAUCAUGGACUUAGAUAUAGGAAUUUGUUCCGAAGCCGAGAAAAAACAAAAAAAGAAAUUACUAUUAGAUUACUUAUGGGAAAAUCUAAGGUAUCACAACUGGUGGGCUUACAGAUACUACGUGUGCGAACUACUGGCACUCAUAAAUGUGAUAGGUCAAAUGUUUCUUAUGAAUCGAUUUUUCGAUGGCGAAUUUUUGCAAUUUGGCUGGAAGGUUAUAAAAUAUAUGGAGGACGAUCAAGAAGAUCGAAUGGAUCCCAUGAUCUACAUAUUCCCUAGAAUGACCAAAUGUACAUUUUUUAAAUACGGUUCAAGCGGGGAGGUGGAGAAACACGACGCCAUUUGCAUACUGCCAUUAAAUGUUGUUAAUGAGAAAAUAUACAUUUUCCUUUGGUUUUGGUUCAUACUUUUAACGUUUCUAACACUGUUAACGUUAAUAUACAGGGUGGUAAUUAUAUUUUCACCGCGCAUGAGGGUGUACUUGUUUCGUAUGCGAUUUAGGUUAGUGCGUCGAGACGCUAUUGAAAUAAUCGUUCGUCGGUCGAAGAUGGGCGAUUGGUUUUUAUUAUAUUUAUUAGGUGAAAAUAUAGAUACGGUUAUAUUUCGUGAUGUUGUACAGGAUUUAGCCAAUCGUUUAGGACAUAACCAACACCAUAGGGUGCCUGGACUGAAAGGUGAAAUACAGGAUGCAUGAUAUUGGGAGUAUUAGAAAGUAUACAAAAUGCAAUUUGUCGUCUCAAUAUAACCGUCACUAUCACAAAUAAUAAUAUCAACACCAAAACCGCUUUAGUAACAGCAGCAGUAGCACCGGCUUCCAAAAAUUCUCACCAAUGCAAAACUAAUAAAAAUAAAAACAACAGAAAAACUCCAAAAAAAGCGAAACCACAUUAACGCCAUCAGUUUCACCGGCAUUUAAUAUAAUCCGCAACAAAUACAUUUUCUAAGAAAUAAAUAUUAAAAGCAGAACGCUUUCAUAAUAGACGAUGUUAGUAUAAACCAAAAGUCAAAUAGUGUGUGACAGCGACGAAUUGUUUAUACAUAUAUGUGUGCGAAUGUGUGUAAACUAAACAAUUAAGCGUAGCAUAUGUUAGGAAUAGCAACUAAGUGUGUUCAAGCAGACGAUCUCACCUACAUUCGUAAAUCACCGAGACGCAUCCAAAUAUUCAUAGCUUGUCAUGUUAUAUUAACAACCGAAAAGUACUACGACUGAGACGACACCCGCGAAAGAUUGCAUUAUUGUAAUGAGCCAACAAGGACAAGUAGCAGUCAGCCAGCCUACCAGCCAGACAGCAAAGGGCCGCGUUUACUUCACCAAUAACAGGCAAAUUCAGCAUCCCCACAACUACAUGCAUCACAUCACAUUACAUCGCAUCGAUACAUUCACAUGUAGCUCGAAAUUCAAAGCUUUGCAGUGGUGUACUUGUCGACGGCAACAAAGGAAGGAAGGAAGGAAGUGAGGAGAGCUCUCAUCUUUUAUAUAAAACUCUACCAAAAGAAACCAACCAAAAAAAUCUAUCAUAGCGCCGACAGCACACCAACUUACACCAAUACUUGCAUAUAUAUGUAUUUUAUAUAAAAUAAAAAACAAAAUAAAAAAUAUUAAUUCCAAUAUCAUAAGCUGAAAUAAUUAGCAUAACAACGACAACAAGAUUAGUGUAAUUCAUUUCAUAGUUAAUCAGGAGUACUGUACGACACACGCAUACAUACAAACCAGUUGAAACGAAAAACAAAAACAAGAACAAAUAACGAGUAAACGUAUUGUAAUUAUACAAAAUCAUAUGAAAAUUUUAUGAAAUAUGCAGAAUAGCCAUGAUAACUCAUCAACUAAAUAUCUAUACAUACAAGUACAUAACACAUAAACAACUACAACAAUUCAGAUAUAAGCAAAAAUAAUCAUCAAAGCAUACAUACAUACAUACAUAAAUACAUACAUAUAUAGCGCGCCUCAUUAAAUAACCGAGAAAAGUAGCAUUUAAUCUGAAGACAUACUCGUGCGUCUGUACAUGAGAGCAUUCAUGCAUACAUUGCAAUAAGCAAAUACAAAUAGUAAAUAAACGAAUAACUUUUUAAUUACAAUUAAAAUUAUAAUAUAAAGUAUGAAUGAACUUAAAAACGAGUUGAGACAAGAUUAUAUCAUUAUGAAAUAGUUACGUCAGUGCGACGUAUAUUACCGUUAAGAAAUAGUUAGUGAAACCAAAUACACUGCAUAUUUAUAUAAGUAUAUAAUAUAUAAUACUUAAGUUCAGUCUUACCUAGGUUGAUGCAUUAACAUACACAAAUGCAGAUAUUAUAGUGAAGCCAAGGCGAUAAUGAGCUGUUUUUCACAGAAUAUACAUAAACAAAGCAGUGGAAAGUGCUUGCAAUUUAUGAACCACAAGCAAGUAAACUUUUCAAGUAUGAGUGAAAAUUUAAGGCAAAAGGUAGCAAAUAAAUAAUUAAUUACGUAAAUUACUGAACAGUAGUAAGCAGUAUGAAGGCACUUUCAUACUCAUAUUCAUAUACCAAUUUUUAAGAAUCGAAACUUAUAUUAAAACGAAACGAAGUGAGCGGGGAUAUAUGUGCAUAUGUGUGUACUAUUGCAGAUGUGUAUAUGCGGAAGUGCGUCUGGGCAUAUGCCAUGUGGGUUGUAUAUAAGUUUGUAAAUACUAAAAACCAAUAUUUCAUAUGCAAUGUAAGCAAAACAAGCGCACAUUUGCAUACAUACAUACGUUUGUAUAUAUGCAUAUGAAGAUGUACAGAAAUUUGUGGUUAUAUUACCAACUAAUGCUUGGGUUAAAUGCAAAGCUAUAAUUUUGAAUCGAUCACAGUAAGCUCUAGGUUUGUCGCUCGUCAGUGCAUACAUAUAUACAUCCAUUACCAAAACAUUCGUAUAUUACAUAGUUUUCAAGUAUCCGUCCAAAUAAUAUGGUUCGUACACAUCAGACAUGCAAAUUCAUAAAUACAAUUGAUUGUGGUAGCAUCCGUUAGUUAGGAAUUUCCUAUAGAUAUGUAUGUAUAUUGAAGCAGAUUUUGAAUUGGGAACGCAAAUGACACUCGUACUGCCCACUUUUUAUUAAGCAACUAAUUGCAUUGUAAACAAAACCAUAAAUUACAUAACGAUUACAAAUAAAUUCAUACUCUUGUAAGUUACAACAAUAAUGCCAUGUUACCAAUUUUGGAAUAAUUAAUAUAAUUAUAAACGAUUGACGCUAUAUUGGCUUUGGGAACUACACACUCUUCAGUGCCAUUGAAAUGCGCUUAAUUUCAUAUUUUCCAAAAAAGUUGGUCACUUUUUCCAAUAUCUUUCAAAUAGCAACAUUCCGGCCGAAGGUUUAACUCAUUUUGAUCCUUCUCCAGCGUUGCUCGCUCGCAAUGCUCAAAUGUACAGUUACCUAUGCGUUUUUUCUAAUUCGACAGGAGGUAAAAGCCCAUAUGAGGACUUAAUAGCAUGUAUCCAAUCUGUAUAGAUAUAAAAAUUGGAUAGAUAAGCUGAUUUAUAUGUACUAAUUAGACAAAGUGUACCGACCUUUAGUAUUUUUGCGGAGAGACUUGACAUUCCACUUGAAUGUUUGUGAAUCAGCAAUUAUAUUUAUUUUAUUGGGUAUUUAAUACUGCAUCUAUAUGCAGCAGAUUUAUAAAGUUUACAGUUUCUGCAAUCAAACUACCACCUACAUAUGUGGUUGGUUUUCAAAAGCUCAACGGGUCAAUAUAAACCUGGACUUCCUCUUUACUGGCGUGGGCACCGUUUACGCGGUUAUAGCCGGACUCGACUUAGUGGUAGUAAUUAAAUUCUCAAGCUGCCAGAUAAUUCCUUCGGAAUAUCUUUUCCUGAAUUCUCAUGUGAUUGUUUGUUCCAAAAGCCAAACAUAUGUAUUAUUGAUUUCAUCCCUCACGAACUAAAUGUAUUUAUGCAGGGUUGCUACAAUAUUGUCAAAAAAUAUUAGUAAAUGAUUUAUUUACGGCUACAAUAAAUAUGUGACAUUUCAAAAAAAAAUUAAAAACCAGAGCCAAAUAUUAUUAGUUCUACACAAAAAAAACAUAUCUUAGAGAUCACCCAGGCGUUUUUAGAUCGCAUCUACUUCCCCAAUUACAUAAACACACGUGUAAAUAUUAUAUUAAGGAUUCUCUGUCUUAUUAUAGCGAAGUACUUGUAACUAGACUACAGAUGAAAUUACACUGCCAGAAUAAUCAAAACAUAAAAUCCAUAAAUUCAACAACCUUACGGGUAUGAAGCAAUAGUUGGUGGCAAGCACAAGUCUCUUGCCGACAUAUUUUACACGUGUCACAUACAGAGAAACAGACGCCGAUCACUGAAGUAUCCAAAAUUCAAAAAGUGAAACAUAAAAGGUAAUAUAGCCACAAAUGAUAAAUCGCAUUGAAUUAAUUCACAUAAAACACCAAGUGUAUUUACAGACAUAUGCACAUAAAUUCGAAAAUUAAAGUAAAUUCAAAACAAACACGCGGUGCUAGUAAGAUAAAUAAUACUUUUACUAAUAAAAACAAUAAAUGCUGUAAAGUUAUGAAUAAAAUAUAUGUAAAUUUAAGCAAUAGAAACGAAUUGAACAAUUGAACUAUAUCAUUAUAUUAAAUAAGUAAUGCUACCAAAAUACAUAUACGAAAUAAUAACGGUUAAGUAAGUACAACUUAGGAAAAGAUUAAAUUAGGUAAUUAAAAUAAUAUUUCUAAACAAACAACUAGUGUAUGAUAAAACUGAAAUCAUGCGUAAAUUAUAGCAUACUGUGAGUAUUAAUAAAGUUAGCAAUAGAUUUGUUCCUGGACAAAUUUUCACAUUUGUAUGCGAAAGUAAAAAUUGAAAAAAAAAACGUAUAAACUAAAAAAAAAACGCAAAAAAUAUCUCAUAGAUUUUUAAUUAAUAAAAAGUAAUAUUUAUACUUUCAUGUAAGAGAUGCAUAGUUUUUGUACAUACAUACAUAUGUAUCAAUAAAUGAAUAUGCAAUAUAUUUUAAGCCUGCAUAGAAUUCACAUUAUUGGAUGUAGUUAUUAGUUACUUGUAAAAUUGAACGUAUUCGUGACCCUUGGGGCGCUUUUGUACCAGAGGACUCACAAAUUUUUGAGCAAAUAUAUUCAACUUAAUUCAAUGCCGCAACAAUUUCCAUAGCAAUCGAAAAAUUUUACAUACUUAGGAGGGCAUAAUUUUCCAAAUGCAAAACUAGCCAUUUAUUAAUUGAGUGUGACUGCUACUAACAAUAUAAAUUUGUAUAUUUUUCCAAAUUCGGUUAAACAUUUAUAAUUAAGCAUCGAUUUGCAUCUCCUUUCAUACAUUAGGCACGGAGUCAAAUUAAAAAUAUUUCUUAAUAUGGCGAAUAUAAGCAGUGGGUGAAAUUCGCCCAUAGCUGUUAGAUAGAAAUUGCUAUAUUACAUUUAUUUGUUUUAUGUAUUUAAAUUAGUACUUCAUAGUUGCAAUAAAAGCUGAUCAUGUUAGAAAUAUUAACAAGUAUUUUAGAGCACAAUAAUAUGCGAUGCUUAAUUGCAUUAUUGUCUCGGUACCAGAAUUAUUCAGACUCGAUUAGCCAAAAUAGCUGUACAAGUUAAUAAUUUAAUAUACGCAUAUAUAUAUAUAAAUAUACCGUAUGGAAGCAAACAUUUUGUAAAACCUAUUAUAGCUAUUAUAAAGUAGCCUAAAUCAACGAAAAUACGAGAGUACUUACACAUCGGAAGCUUUAUUUUCAAAGUUUUCAAAGCUUAUGAUUUCGACACGAGCAAAUUAAGAUGAAAUAUAUACUAAAUACACACACAAUAUGUAUAAUAUUGGAGCAUUUCUUUUAAUUCGAAAGCAAAGUAAAUUGGUUAGUGUAAUUGGGUAUUGAUGUUUUAAAUUAAGUUUGUAUUUUUUCAUUUAUUUUGCCUAACGUUUCUUUGUGGUAUUGUAUAGUUUGUAUUAAGAUUUGUCUCAACAUUAAUCCCCUAUCUUGGACAAGUUUGAAAAAGCAAAAAUGUGACAUGAAAUAGGACCUUUUAGAGAGAUGAAUCGAGCAAACGACUGGUAUAAAUGCAGCUAACUGGCAUAAUUUAAAGGUUAUUAACUGUAACAAUUUUACCAAUUUAACCAGCAGUAUUGAAAAAAUUAAAUAUAAUAGAUUUGGUUUGCUCAAAUGUUUAAUUUCUAACAAGUGACAGCUCGGGCAUAGCAAGAGAAUUGAAUCAUAGGUGGCUAAUAUUUUCCGAUGUAUGAAUAGUAAGUUGGCGCAGCCAGACUUAGAAGUGUUCGACAUAAGCUGGUUUAUAAAUAUGUAUGAUAUACUCCUACUUACGUUUACUCUUAUUAACCACUAGGUCGAUUCUUUUGGUUUAAAGGUAACUCAUACUAUUGCCCGACAAAUGAUUUCAAUGCCAACCACGAAUGUAUUGAUUUAAGGGAUAAACUGAGACCGACGUAGAAUUGUUAGAAACUAUUUAUUAAUUCCAAAUUCUUUUUUCACUGAUAUUCUGAGCUCAUUGGUCUAAAGGUCUAAAAACAAAUUAUUAGGGUCAAUAAGAGGAUGAUUAUUUGCUCGUUUUCUUCAGCCUGGAAUUUUCAACAUCGCAAGAAGUGGUACUUGUAUUAAAACCUUUGGAACAAAAUUAUUUCAUCCGGUUUAUUAAUCUUUCUGAAAAUAUUUUAGCAACAAGAAAGUAGUUCACUGAAUAAUUCAACUCCUCGUUUUGAACACUUAAAAGUUGUCGAAGACAGACAAUAUGCUUUAUAAUAUCUAGUCACAAACUUUAGUUACUUAGGACAGUUUUCUUAGCGCCCGGUUAACAUUAUCCUUAGCUUCUCUACAGAGAGCUUGAUUUUACUGAAUGUGAAGAGAGAAAAGUUCAGAAAACUUGCGUUGUGAAAUUCUUAUCAUGGUGACAACAGCGCUGUGUUUCAGAGGAAUAUUUGCAUUAUAUUCCGAAAAUUAAAUCUUUUUAUUUUUGUUGCAAUAUGCAUAUAUAAAAAUGCGUAACUUGUAAAUAUAUACAUAUAAUAUAUAAUGAUAAAGAUCAACAAAACAGUCCACGUCUGAACGCCACCUAUCUUUUUUUGUAAAGAUUUCACUGCUGACAGCUGUGAUUCAAAGUUUUUACUAGAAGCUAAGGCUCCUGCUUUCAGUAAAGCUUAUGAGAACAGAUAGUGACAGAUUGUUGGUAAGCAGAUAUCCAGAAAACCAUUUUUCUUGACGAUAAAGUUCUGGUUAGGCGCUUAAUCUUAUAUUGAGGAAACGGUCCUUAGAAAUUUUUCCACUCACAUUCAAAUUCAUGAAUAUAAAAUAUACUUAUUUUUAACAAAAUGAUUAUGAUUUUGUUUUAUGUGACGAAAAAUAUGUAUGAUUAAUAGGACUUAACAAAUCAUUACGCCUUUCUCUAGAUAAUUUUGUGUAAUAACUACUUUCUAAAUUUCAAGUGAUAAAAAUUUUAAUAUAUUAUACAUCCAGUCAUUGAGUAGUAAAGUAAAUCAAAAAAAGUGUUUUAAUUUUUAUAAUUACCCCGAGUAUAGUGCUCUUGGUUCCAUUUCGAACUAGAAGACAGUCCCUUUAAAAACAUUUCCAUCAUAUAAAAUAUGUUGUAUCUUUUUCCUCAGUUCAGUUUGUGUAUUUUAAUGGGAAAAAAAAUAUUUUAUUGACAUUUCUAGUGGUGCAGCCAGUUAUAUGACAGCCUUAAAUUCAUACAUAAUUAUUUACUGUUAAUUUUGAUAUGACUUUUACAACAUAUUUUCCGUCAAAACUAUGAUAAAAUUAAAACAUUUACUGUUUAUAAAAAGUAUUUUUGAGUAUUUAAUAGUUUUUAUUAAUUUGUGUUGGAAGUCAUAAGUUGAUAACUAAAAAGCGUAAACUCUUGUAGAAGCUACUAAUUGCAAUAUUUCAGCAAUGCAACACAGUAAAUUACGCCAAUUUCAGUUUAAUACAAGAAAAUUUGAAAUUUAACAUACAACUUUAUUUUGUAAGUAUUUCUCAAUAUUAAAAUGUUUAAGGAAGAAGUUCAUUAACAAAUUGUAGAAAACUGCCAUUCAUAAAAAUACAAUAAUUGUAGUUCAUUUACUUAGUUAAACAAUUAUCACUUAGAUCAAUUAAACAUUAUAACCAGCAUAAUUAUGCACUUUAAUUAAACCACAAAAUAGUGAGUAACUAGGAAAUGAGUUUUUGUAUAUGCUUAAGUUUUAGAAAUUUAGAAGACAAUAAUUAGAAAGAAAGUAUGCCCUAUGCUAUAGCGCAAUGUAUUUUCACAUUUUACCUUAACAAUAUAUGAAUAUAUAUAGCGUGAAUUAGUAUACUUUUAGGCGCAUCUGUUGGAAUUAGAUCUUGUUUUACAUAGUUGCACUAAUGCGUAUUCUUUUAGUAUUGCCUUAGUAAAGAAAUGUUUCUCUGCUACUUAUAUUGCAAAUACAACGCUGUGCUUGAAAAAUAAGACUAAAAGCAUAUAAUGAGCCAGUUUCACCUUUCUAAAAAUAAUUCUGAAGCAGAUACAAGAUGGUGGACCCUCACUGGCUCUGGAUACUCUCUGCUUAAAGAACAUUUAACAUAUGUAGUUAUAUUAAUAAUAUACGACAAAACUUCAUUUGUAAGAAAAUAUGUAUGUACAAAUUCAAUUGUAGAUUGAGGUAAGAAUGGCACUUAAAAGGGGAUGUGUGACAGCAGCUAUGAUCUUAUCUAUAAUGUCUAAUUUUUCACAAACUCAAACAACAUUAAAUUAACGAUAUUUAUUAUUUUGUUCUUCUACGAUGUAUCUUAAAUAUUUGCAAUAGCAACGUGUUGUACUGUUCUAUUUCACUUCAAAUUCACAUUUACUUGCUUGUAAAAAAACGAUUAAGAUGACCAAAAUUUUAAUGUGAAUAGUUUUGAACAAAACCUCGUCGCUUCUUAUUUCGCUCAAAUAAUACUUAAUAAAAUUUGAAGAGUGAAAUUAUAUAUUUCCUCUGCCAAAAUCUAACACAGCUUUGAUUUUCUCUCUUUGCUGACUUCUUGUCGUAGAUCAAUUUAAGAUUUUAGUUGAGUUAUAAUGCAUUAAUACUGCAAAAUGCCACUGCUUAUGCAUAUAUCGACGUAUCACCAAAAGAUAAAUACAUAUAUGUAUACACAUGACUUCUAAUUGUCCAAGGUCCAGCCACCUUUAAUUUGCUGGAUUGUGCAUGAAAUAUUCUCACAGAGCAUUCACAUUCAUUUUGGUUGAUUUAAAUGGAUUUUGUGGCAAGUCGGUUAUUUUCUUCUACAGUACCUCUAAUAUUGUCAUGAAAUAUUCAUGACUAAAACAAACAACUUUAUGAAGUUUUUAGAAUAAAUCCUUAUAUGCGAACAUUUACGCUACAUUUCUUAGCCAAAUUUCACCUGACUAAGAUAAAAAAAUUUUACAUAUAUAAUCGUAUGUGCAAAGCAAUAAAAUUAGUCACUUAAUUUUUUUCUAUCCUCUCUAAGUCACACUCCUCGCAAGCAAUACGCACUUUAUAUUAAAAAAUCGGAUUCAAUAAUUUUUUUAUUCCUUGGAAUACUAAUAAAAUUGCCUUAUAUUCAAAAUAAUAAUAAUAAAAUUCAAAAUAAAAUAAUUAUACAUUGUAUUGUAAUAUAAAAGCAACCCUAUUGAAAUCUUUAGCAAUAAAUUGUAAUAAAUAUUUAGGAUAUUAUAUACUAUUAGAUGCAAAGUUAUAAACUUACUUAGGUCAAACACAUGUACAAAGUGUAUAUAUCUAUUUUAUUUAGUAAAUAAUUACCUAAUAUAUAAAUUAAUGCAUAUGGUAUUCAAAUAUAGCAUAGCACACAUAUAUAUACUUACAUCCUAUUUUGUAAAAUUCAGUAAAUUAUUUACUCAUUAUUUACUUUUCAUUUCUCAGUACGUCCACAUUAAAACACUUCUUUGAAUACCGAAAAACAGUUUAAAAAUUUUAAUAAGCUAAACAACACACUGUAAAGUAAUUGCGUAAAUAAUUUCAAAAACAAAUUCGCCAAUUGCCUUCAACUAGAAGAAUUUCGAUCUAAAACCAUAUACAAAGCAAAAGCGAUAUACAUAAUGAAAAUAAAUAAAAUAAAAUAAAGAAAGGCAGAUGAUAAAUACAGCAUGCAGAAAAUAUUAAAUCAAUAACUAAGUGAAAAUCCAAACUAAAACAAAAACGAAAAAAUUAAAAUGUAUUACAAAAAUAACUUAAACCUAUCAGUAACUAAUUGCAGCAGCGCGACAACUGCUCUCGGAAAUACGAACAAAAUUUACAGAAACAAAAUAUACACAUAUACAUGCAUAUAUACAAAUUGAAAUAAAUAAUAAAAUAGAAAGAUAGCAAUGCAAAAGUUUACGUAAGCAAACAAAUUAUUAGACUUUAGCAUAAACAGCAACAACCACAAAAGAGAACUGAAGUAAUUGCAGAGAUUUUAUUGCCAUAUUUGAAUUAUAUAAUAAGCGGUAAAACAAGAUAAUAUAGACUAAUAUACAUAUAUAGUAUAUAUACAAUAUACAUACAUAUACACACAUAUGCGAGUAUAUAUAGAUGACGCGAAACUUUAAAACAGAAAAGAACAGAAAACUUACUCGAUUAUUUUAUCUACAUACAUGAGAAUACAUAUAAGCAAGAACAAUAAACAGAAUCAUACGCAUACAAGUAAAUAAACCGUUACUUACAUAUUUAAAUGUAUCAUUAAUUGAAACAACUAACGAAAUAAUUAAUACAUAAUCAUGAACAGAACCAAUUAAGUGAAACAAAAAGUGAGGAAAAGAAGUCGAUUUCAUGCGCAGGAAUUUAUAUCAAUUACGAAUAUAGCACGAGCAAAAAAGUAUUUACAUAGGAAAAUACGCAAAAUCAAGCUUCGACAUGUGGCAACAUGUAAGUGGAAAAUAUACGAACAACGCUUGACAAAACGUAAGAGCAUAAAAAUCAGCAGAGCGUGAAAGAAAGACGAAUUUAAGUCCAACUGUAUAGUUUCAAUGUCCAUCAUAUGUUAAUUACAAAUUUAUAGGAGCAACAUUAUUUCAUGUACAUAUUUGCUUGUUACAGCAGCUGCGCUAUCAGCAACCAAAUAUUCAGUUUGUCUUCAAAACCAUUCCCAUUAGAGUGUAUUUCAUGUGUUUAAUAUCACUUUGAAAACAGCUUCCAAAAAUAUACAUCUAACAUACUGUAUAUGAAAAGGUAGAAUUUGCCUUAGCUAUGUUAAAGGGUUGCAGAAUCCCUUACAAAAAUUAUGUUUUUCAAAAGUUUCUCUCUCAGCAGCCAAAGUGCAAUACCACCACAUUUCCGCAAGGAACGAUUAUAUAGAAUAUCAAACGAAGCACCAGAUUAUUAAUUAAACUGUAAUCUCCGCCAUGUAGCCUCAUUCAGAAAAAAUAUUUCGAGUUAUUUUGCUUUCCCAAGCAUUUAACUAAUUGAUAAUAAGCAAACGUUCAAAUCCUAAUUUCGAAAUGGAGAUGGGAAGCAAAUAUCUAAGAUUUCUUAGGAAAAGUCUUGACAAGUACAAGUUGUGGCUGCUGCACUAAGCUUCUGUUUGGAAAUGAAAAUAAGUCGAAUAAAUAGUUUCUUUUCUGACAAGCUUAUCCCUACGUCUUCAGACUAAUUGUUUGCCUUCAGAAUCCCCAAAACAUCUGUUUCUGGCCAUUUACAUGUGUUUGACAAACCAACUAUAUUUUCCCAGAAAACUCACUACAAAAUCUGAUUUUUAAUAGUGAGAAUGAGUUAAGUUUUCGGUAAUGAAUUCAAAAGAUUUCGGCUGAUAAACUGAAAUAUUACCUGUAUGGCUCUGUAUUGAUUCGAUGGUUCAGAUCUCUUCUCAAUUUUUUAAUGAACUCGUAAGAAAAUAUCAAUAAAUUGCACACAAAAUUUACAUGCCUUAACAAAAAUGGUGUUAAAGUUUGAUGAAAGCAGCUUGAGCAAGUAAAUGACUAUUUAACGUUAUAAGCAACAAAUCUAUCUACCAGAUGAUGUUCACUUGACUCAAAAAACGCCGAUAAUUCGUUAUUGAAAUCUCACUUAAGUUUUUGACAAUGAACAUGAGUUAUUUCUCCAUAAUUGUUAAACGAAUUAUAAAUUGCAAAACCAAACUGUAACAAUAUCUUCGUGAAAAUAUCAAAUUAAAUAGUUUUUUUAGUGUAAAAUUAACUGUAAACUGGCAUGAACUCACCAGCUUCAGUGGCUCUAUAAAGUCCUCACUUUUUGUUUGUACUCUAUCGUCUGCUAUCAGAUUUGAUUUAAUCGCACAAAUACUCAUAAGUUGCUAAAUAUAUAUAAAGAAGUAUUUUCGAUUUAGUCUUUUAUAUUUUGUUAGUAAAUCCGCUUUAACUAUUAUUAUUAAAAAUAAAUAUUCUAUUCUAGAGUAUGUCUAUGUUUGAUUGUAUAAGUGAAGUUCGACAAUUAACUAAACUAACUGACAGUACUCCGGAAUUACUUCAGAGAGAGUCGUUGUCAAGCAUUUACCUUCCAAAUAGAUUGUUUUCGUAUGCUCAUAUUUUGACUUGUUCUUAUGUAAUUAUAGAAAUAUUAGGAAAUUUUAAACAGUGACAUAAAUUAUUAAGCUUAUAGAUGAAAUUAGGGAUUAUACUGGAUUUUAGGAAGCAUUUUAAAUUACUCACAGUUAGUGGUUAUGAUUUUGUUCAUAAUAAAUGCGAGCAUGGUUAAUAAAGCUUUAAUUUGAAAAGCUGUAGUGAAAUAAAAAAAAAAAACCAAAACAAAAAAGAAAGAUAAAGCAAAAAAUAUUGCAAUAAAGAAGUAUUGAAUGACGCGAAAUAAUGUACGAUCAUUUGAGUUGAGCGUUUAAUGCAUAUUCAAACAUACAUUUUUACAUUCAUAAGGGAAAUUUGAUUAAAAAGCUAAAAAAUAAGAACCAAAUUAAGUGGCAAUGCAAGUAUCGAGAGUUUUACCAAUAUUUACGUAUUAUAUACAUAGCAACCCUCGAGCUGAAAUCUUAAAAGGAAAAAAAAAAUAUUAUGCGGAGCUGCUAGAUUGAAAAGAAUAUUUCUGUGAAAUAUUUAUUACAAUAAUUUAUACAUACAUAUUAGCAUAUACAAUAACACUUGCGUACAUAGAGGUAUGUGAAGCGUGAGGCGUGCAAACACAAUUUAUUGAACAGUAAUUUUAAUGAAAUUCUGAAAUCUGAGUCAACAUCAUGCAGACAAAUCGUAUAUAUGUAUGAACAAAAUAGGAAUUAUUUGGCUCAUAUUGGUGAAAUUUAUGCGUGUCAUGUGAAAUUUAAUUUGAGUGCAAAAUCAAUUGCAGUAUAUUGCAAUAACAUUAAGCAAUUUAUCAGACAACAAAUAAUAAGAAAAAUACUACCUAAUUUAUAAUAUUGAAAAUACCAAAAAAAUUAAAACGAAUAUGUAUUUAAAAUGGAGACAUAUUUAAGAAUAGCCGACGGGAAGGUAGCCUGUUGAAUAUCACAUCUUCAUUUUCAGGAUUAUGUAAUCGUAUUACGAAAUGUAGUCAAUAUACUUACGCAUAAUUAUAAUUAUUACUACUAACAUUAUCAAACACAUAAGUAAAACCUAAAAAGCAAAUCGACAUCAUUAUAACAAUAAAUAGAAGUAGAAGAUUUACAGUUCAGUCAGAACAAAAAAAAAAAACCUCACCUUUCGAAGGUGAGCUUGAAAAACGAAUUAUUGAAAAAGGAGCACAUGCAAUUCUUAAAAAUUAUACGAGGAAACCGACGUGUGAAAAUGAAAGCAAAAGUAAAGUGAAAUUAUUAUAGAAAAUCUUACUAACGAAAGAAUUUAAUUAAAUAAAACUGUAAAUAAUACUCAUGCACGCAUAAUAUACAUUUAGUUAUUUAAUAUUAUUAACGAUAUGAUUAAUAAUAUUGUAUAAAGACAUAAAAACAUAUAUAAAGAAAUACAAAAACAAUAUAAGAUUAACAUGAAAUUUCUUAAGGUAACAGUAAUAUAUUGAAAUAUUAUUAUUAAAUUAUAAUAUAAAAUAAUAUUAUACGAUAUUAAGUAAAUGAUGAGAACGAAUUGACAACGUUGUAUGAUUUUGAUCAGAAAGUACAUAAAUAAUAAAAUUUUUUCGAUUUGUUAAAAAA